AUGGUUGGUCUUCUCACGACCGCAGCCUUUGCCUUGGCGCUGGUCGCCCCCGUGCUAUGUCUAGGCCAGAAACCGAUAUCCUCCUACACAUGCACGCACCCGCCCUACAAGAUCCACAUGAUCUCCAAGUCACCUCUUGUAAUUUACAUUACCGAUUUCAUCACGCCCACAGAGCGGUUUCAUCUCUUGGAUUUGGCGAACGGCACCUUUACUGAUUCCGGCGUUAUCGAUGCUUCUGGUGGAAAAACCACGCACAACGUACGAACAUCUCAAAGCACCAGUCUUUGGCGGGACGAUGUUGUUCGCUGUAUCGAAGAGCGUGCAGUCUCCUUCCAGGGCUAUAGCACACCAAAGAAUCACAUGGAGCCGCUGCAACUAGUCAAGUACGGGAAAGGUCAGCGGUACCACUUUCACACAGACUGGUUCACCGAUCCCGCACACACCAGAGCUCAUCUAGGCGGUAAUCGACUUUCUUCUUUCUUUGGCUAUGUGUCGGCGGUCAAUGUCACUGGAGGGGGGACCAACUUUCCGCUUUUGGAUGCACCGUCCGACGACCAAUGGUGCGCCUUCAUUGACUGUGACGAACCUUGGGAAAGAGGGGUGACAUUCCGCCCACUGGAGGGAAACUUUGUGUACUGGGAAAAUCUCCACGAAGACGGUUCCGGAGACCAACGUAAUCUACAUGCCGGGCUGCCGCUCACGGGUGGCCAAAAAGUUGGGAUGAAUAUUUGGACGAGGCAAGCUCCAUUGAGCAAGGAGACUCGAGGAGAUGACUGA